CCUCGCCAUUUUGCAAUGUGGGAGAGAGGGAGGCCACUUUUUUAUGGCUAACGAAUAUAACAAAGCAGGUUUAUGUGUUGAGGACAAAGACCGUCGGGGUUAAAACGUGUCAGUCAUGGAGGCGAUCAGUGAUGUGGCUGCACUCGUCACACACUCCUCCUCUGCCUCCUCUUCCUCCUCCACUCCUUCAGCACUGAGAGCCCUCCCUCAAACCCAAUCCCAGCAGGCAGCAGAGGAGGACACCUCCCCCCGCUUUCAGCAAAAACAAGCUGCAGACUCUCUCAUCCAGGUCAUCGAGAAGCUCAGCAAGAUUGUGGAGAAGCGUCCCCAGCGUCGCUGCACCUUGGCGGGACAGAAAAGAGCGCUACACCAUGCCUUGUCUGCAGGAGGGGAAGGUGGUGAGGAGAGGACGAGGGGGAGCAGAGCAGACUCUCCUCACAGAAAAGUGAAAAGAAACUUUAAGGAGGAGGAAAAUGUUGUGGAUGCAAGAUUAGAUGGCAGCACAACUGAUGGUGCUCUUUCUUCUCCUGUAUCAGGUGACGAUAAUAACAACAACAUCAGCUCCAUGGUAACUGAGGUAGCCAACAGCAGCGACAACAAACGGACUGUGACAUGCUAUCAGUGCAGCCUGUGCCCCUAUCUCUCCCAAACUCUGCCUCUUCUUAAAGAGCACCUAAAGCAGCACAAUGAGCAGCACAGUGACCUCAUCCUCAUGUGCUCGGAGUGUCGCUUUACCUCCAGAGACCAGAGGCAGCUCGAGCAACACGUCAGGAUGCAUUUUGACAACGGUGGCAACCUGAAUACAGAUCCUUCUGAUGCGUAUGGUGAAGAAAAGGAGGUUUUAAGAAAGCAGGAUGGGGACUGGACUGGUUGCAGCAGCAGUGUUGAAAAAGAGCUAAUCAAAAGCUCAGCAGAGGAGUCCAAAGAGCUACCACAGAAGAAGAAAUGGUACAGCUAUGAGGAGUAUGGGCUGUACCGCUGCCUGAUCUGCAGUUAUGUGUGCAGCCAGCAGCGAAUGCUAAAGACUCAUGCCUGGAAGCACGCCGGCCUGGUCGAUUGCUCCUAUCCCAUCUUUGAAGACCAGGAAGAGGCUCCCACAAGGAAGGAGGCCCAGCCUGCAGCUAACAUCAGUUCAACCAGAGAGGAGAUUGUUGUUCUGUCCCCAGUUAUUCAAGAGAAAAGCCUGCCCACUGCCUUCAAACUCCAGCUGUUUUCUGCUCCAGUGGCUCGUGAAAACAACCAGGAAGUUUUGGCUCAUCCUGUUUCUGAUCUGAAUAAAAGUCCAAAGACCGAGGAGGAGAGCGUGUAUCCUCUUAAAGACCUGACCUCUGAGGAGCCUGUUGUGGAGGUUCAGGUGACGACAGAAGCAGAGUCUGAGAUGGAGAUUAUUAAUCACCAUGAUAACAUGUCUACCACAGACAGCUUGCUAUCGUCAGCUCAGAAGAUCAUCAACAGCUGUCCAAACAGUGCAGGCCAUAUCAACGUGAUCGUAGAACGCCUUCCUUCUGCGGAGGAUUCAGUCAUGGCAGCUAGUCCUCUUCUUCUAAACCCAGACGUGGACAGAGGAAAGAGCUUACUGGAUGUAGAGGAGGGAGAGCAGCACCGUGGUGUAGCUGUAAAGGAGCAGAUGAACCCUGACUGCAGAACAGGUGAUGAUUCUGAAAUCCAGCAACAUGGAGCUGAUGUUAAACUCUCUGUCCCUAGAAGUAGUGACUCUCCACGGGAUGAAAACAUCCCACCAGCCGGUCGCAAGAGGACCCACUCUGAGUCUCUCCGGCUGCACUCUCUGGCUGCUGAGGCCCUGGUAGCUAUGCCCAUGAGGACUCCUGAGCUCCCCACCUCUAGUGCCAAGGUAAAGGCUAAUACAAGCCAGACGCAGAGCCAGAAACUCUUAGAGGUGACAGGCGAUGGACCUAAAGCUUCUGACGUAGGGACAACAGCAACUCUGUUGGACCUGAAGCUUCACAGCAAAGGGAAAGAAGAAGAUAUGAGAUCCCUUGGUCUCGCAGAAGGAGAUGAGGAGGGUCCUGCAGCUAAAGCCGGCAUCAGCCUGUCGCUACUCACUGUAAUUGAAAGACUCAGAGAGCGCUCAGACCAGAAUGCCUCAGAUGAGGAUAUCCUAAAAGAGCUUCAGGACAACGCACAAUUCCAAAAUGGAGACAUGACUGGUGUGGUCACAGGGGCUGGAGCGACGGGUUAUAUCACCAUCCCUGGCAUGGACGGGUUGGUCGCCUCGUCAGACGGCGGUCUGGUGGACUACAUCCCCGGCAGUGAAAGGCCGUAUCGUUGCCGCCUGUGUCGCUACAGCAGUGGUAAUAAGGGCUAUAUUAAACAGCACCUACGGGUGCACAGGCAGAGGCAACCGUAUCAGUGUCCCAUCUGUGAGCACAUCGCUACAGACAGCAAAGACCUGGAGAGCCACAUGAUCCACCACUGCAAGACCAGGAUGUACCAGUGCAAGUUGUGCCCAGAGGCCUUCCACUACAAGAGCCAGUUAAGGAGUCACGAAAGGGAGCAUCACAGCUUCAGUGGUGACAUGGUGGCUCUCACGCCUGUUAACGAAACUGUAGCCAUGGUGGAGGACGCCGACAGAGGGACAGAUGAAGAAUGUGGUUUGCAGAAGAUGUAUAAGUGUGAUGUGUGUGACUAUACCAGCUCCACGUAUGUCGGGGUGAGGAACCAUCGGCGGAUUCAUAACUCUGACAAGCCUUAUCGGUGUUGUAGCUGUGAUUUUGCCACCACCAACAUGAACAGUUUGAAGAGCCACAUGAGGAGGCACCCUCAGGAGCACCAGGCCGUGCAGCUGCUGGAGCAGUACAGGUGCUCCCUCUGUGGCUAUGUGUGCAGUCAUCCUCCUUCACUCAAAUCCCACAUGUGGAAGCACGCCGGAGACCAAAACUACAACUACGAGCAGGUGAACAAAGCCAUCAACGAGGCCAUCUCCCAGAGCAGCAGAGCUCCUCCAAAGUUGUCCGUGGUGCUGGAGUCAGUGGCAGAGCGCUCCUCGGUUACCCAGCCCUCCAAGGACAAAGCAAAGGGCCAAGUGGAAGCACUGCCAACCCCCACAUCGACAGCAGCGGUCAGUGUGACUUCUGACAGCUCAGCAGGCCUCCCCACCUCCAACACAGACCCCUCACAGUGGCCUGGUGAUUCCCCCAGUCCCCAGGGGAAGGACCCUGCACAGCUCCAAUCUCAGUCCCAGAGUCAGCCCCGCACAGGCCAGACCCCUGCCCCCGGCCAAGUCAUGGAGUACUGUGUUCUCCUGUUUUGCUGCUGCAUCUGCGGCUUUGAGUCCACCAGUAAAGAGCGUCUGAUGGAGCACAUGAAGGAGCACGAGGGAGACAUCAUCAGCAUCAUCCUCAACAAGGAGCAGCAGCAGCCAGAAGCCCAGACCGGCCUCCAAACAGCAGAGUGAGAGCUGCUCUAUCCCCCUCUCUUUAUAUUAACACUGACCCUGCACUCUCGCUGCGAUCUGCUGCACACAGAAGUAUUUCAUUAUGUUUCUUUACCUCAAGCUGGCUGUGGUGGAUAUCAAGGUCUAACCAUUUCAUGUCCGCUGAAUCGUUUCAGUGAUUUCUCUGAAUGUUCUGUGGCCAAGUCUGGCACAUACCUUGAAUGGGGGAUGAGAAAAAUGAUGAAAUGGUUUCCUAAGUAGCAUAUCCUCUGAAAGACAUGCAGAAUAAACUGUUUUAUAGGCUGUAUAAGUGUCAAACUCAAAAAGACACAAAAUGUGUCUGACAUUAAGGGACAAGCUCUAAACCAAGUUUGAUUUUUCACUAGCCAGGGACAAGCUCAUACCUCACAAAAACAUGCAAUCCCUCACCAGAAAUGGGAAAAGUUGUCGUAUUUUCCAGCCUAGUUCAUUUAUUGACCACAAGGCAGCUCUUUUUAUGCUACUGUAAUAUUUAAUAUAUUUAAUAUAGUUAACCAGACACAGUUGAGGCUCUAGCCCAGUUUAAGGGGUACAUGUGCCUAAAGGCAUGUACCACAGCUUGAUGUUUUCCUUGAAUAUGAGUUCAUAUUUAUCAGUUUAUUAUUAUGCAUGUUAGUUUCUGUUGUGCCAAUUUAAAAAAGCAGGCGUUUAGUAGUUUUUUGCAUUUCUUUUCCUUUGUAUAAGUGACUGAGUUUAUUAUUUCUCUCCUCUUUUGCGGAUUGUUUGUAAAGUAAUGUCUUGGGAGGAAAAAAAAUGUGCCGAAGGUGACCAGAGCGAGGUAGAAAUGAGACUUAGACUGACUUGAUUGUAGUCUACCAGAGACAGACAUUUAGGUUUGAGGCAUGUCGACAAAAGGAAUGAUAAAAAGGGAAGUCAGCACAGGAAGGGCUUUUAUUUCAGACACAGCUGUUUCCACCUGUGAUUGUGGUGCUACGCUCACUUCAAGAAGAAAAAGAUUGUUCUUUUUUUACAGCCCAUGCAAUUUAUGUUGUACAUAAUAACAUUUUUAUAAUCAUUACUGUAAUUUUUCAGUGUUUUUUAAGAUUUCUAGUGUCAAACUUGAAAUGACGACUGUCUUUGCUGACACACAGGCAAGAAGACAAAGGUGGAAAAAUAAAGUUUAGAGGGCAAUGAAAUUCUGAAGGUUUAUUGGCAUAAGCUGUUCUCAUGUGACUUAGGGGAGGCAAAGGUGUCAUAUAAUAACUGAUUUUAAAACAAUUAAAGGUUUGGAAGUUAUUUUUUCAUGCAAAACAUAGAAAAUGACAAUGAAAGUGAUUGUGAUUGCAGACAAACACCAGGAGAAUGUGCCUAAUCCUUCUAUCUUUAGUUACCCAGCGUCCAGUAGUGAAAAUCAAGAUAAUUUUCUACACAUUUUCAUGACUUCUCCUCAUAUCAACAGCCACUGAUAUAAAACAAUUUGUAAUUUAAUGGUCAAGAGUCAGAUUAUUCAAAGAUUAUUCACAGAGAUUAUUCAAAAGCUUGAAAAAAACUACAGAUCUUCAGCAAUAUUUUUACAUAAAGACUGCUAGUAAAACUCAAGGUCAACACUGACAUCUCUUGUUAUUUCAGUCAAGCAACCUCAUGUUGAACAGCGGUCUGCUGAAGCUUUGUUGGGGGUGUGAAGGGAUAGAAUGAGCUGCAGAAAGAAAGAGAUGGAUAGAGACUAUUAAACAGAGCAACAGCAAAGAAGAAGGUUAAAGAUAUACAAUAUUACCUGCAAAAUAUGGGUAUGGGCAGAUAUGAAAAUAGCUGCCAGUGUAUACAGCAGAUACAUAUUGGCAGCAUAGGUGUUCAUUUAAAAGAAAAUAACAGAAAGUCACUUAAAAGAAAGUCUGGUGAUUCUAAAAGAUGGACCAGGAUGUACGUCUGCAUUUGUUUGCUUGAUGCUUACACACAGUCCUGUGUAGAGGGUCAAAUGUGCUUAGUGGUACCCUUAGGUGGCAUACUCACUACUGUAUGCCUUUCUUCAGCUAAUUUUUGGUUUAGACAUGCCAAAAGUUCUGCACAAUAUAGAGAUUAUCUUUAACAGUCUUACAGAUUUAGCAUUGAUUGAUGCUUAUUUUUGCCAAAGAAACUACCUAAUUUACUUGCUAAAUUGUAUUAAAGUUAAAUAGAUCAGUUAAAUAACCAUUAGCAUAAAAAUGUUGAGUAUAGUUGAUCUUUGUAAGUCAAGAUGAUUUAAGUCAGGUUCUUGGUACCUCUGAUAUCACUGAUCAUUACAGCUUAAUGGCAGUGAGCAAACAGCUUUCAGAUGCACUACAGCCUCUAUCAGGAGGUAGUACCGCAUCAAAACUGAUAUUGGUGUUUGCAUAGAUAAGUUUGGAAAUAUUGGCACAUAGGAUAUUGACAAAAAUCCCUAAACAAGAUUAAUUUAUGGCUGCUUUUGUUUUAGAUUUAUCCUAAUACUGUUUUCUUCUCUUUGGACAUGGCGCCAGUAAUAAUGUUAAAGUAUGUGUGAUGUUGGCAUGAAUAACCAUGUUUGAUAACAGACUGAUAAUUCUAUCAUUAGAGCAUCUUUUAAAGAUGCAAAAGGUGUAUUUAUGUCUUCUAACAGACUGAGAGCAGAGGAGGUGACAGCAGAGGAAACUCUGGCCAAAUUGCACUUGUUUAGACUCUGUGUGGGAGUUUACCUGUAUUUAAAAACAAGAAAUGUCUUAUUAAGGGUGCCAAGGACUUGUAUUUUUGCCGCCUUGGUAUUUAAACAUGUAUGCAUAUUAACGAUGCUCUAAUGGUGAAAAUUAGGGCCGACACCAAUGUCAGAAAAUAACUAUUACGCCACUGUCAAUGAUUUCAAAAACUUUAGGUGUAAGACUUCAGCUGUGCCAACUUUUUCUCUUGUGUUUGACCAUAAAAACAGGUUAGAGUUUGCCAAACACUAGACGACUUCUGCUUCUCUGGUUAAGCAAUUGAAUGGACGAGAUGCAAGCUUUAAAUUGACUGGACCCAACAGAUAAAUGUUGGCUCCUGCUAUCUGUUCAUGCAGCACUGUUUGCCGAUGGCCGACGUGUUAACGUCAGAAAUCGGUUGAUACCUGUGCUCAAACCGAGAGUAUCCCUUAUCAAUAACAGAUUUUUUCACAUUUUGAAGUUUAAAAUUCUGAUACAGAGACAACCCUUCAUGUCUCAUUUUAACCCUUUAAAGCCAGUUGUAUCAUAUUUGAUAUUUAAUUUUGUGAGACUGCUAUCUAGUCAACAUGAUCAAUAAUUACCUUUAUAAACCUAAUGUAUAGAAUCUGAAAAAUGAUUGAAAAAAAUGCCCUUCAGCAGAUUAACAGUUUCAAAACAAUGCCUGACAUG